AGCAUUAGGAGGAGAAAUACGAACCUUCUCUCUUAUCCAAUAUCCAUAUAUUCUUCUUCUUCACUAUCUCAUCGUUGCCACUGAAUUUCCGAGUCUGUUUCUAAUUAACCCAUCAUGGCCUUCGCUUCCACUCUCACCGCUACUUCUUCAACUUCUCCUCUCUCUUCCAAAUCCUUAUUCCUUCCCCAAUUCACCCAUCAAAUUUCCCUCCGACCCUCCAAAUCUCUCUUCUUUCCCCACGGAAUCGCCCCUCCGAAAGCCCAAACUCUUGAAUUUUCAGGUUCAUUCUUCGAAUCCGGGUUCGGGUCUGAGGAUGACCCCCCUUCCCCUCCCGGGACAGGAUUCGCCGCCGCCAUUGAGGAUAAGGAGGAGCCCCAGUGCCCUCCGGGGCUUCGCAAGUACGAGACUAUGGUGGUUCUGAGGCCUGACAUGUCUGAAGACGACAGACUCGCUCUCACCCAGAAAUACGAAGAGUUGCUUGUUGCCGGGGGUGGCAUGUAUUUGGAGGUAUUCAACAGAGGGGUCAUUCCACUAGCAUACAGCAUCAAGAAGAAAAACAAAGCUGGUGAGACCAACACUUACUUGGAUGGCAUCUAUCUCCUCUUCACCUACUUCACAAAACCCGAAUCGAUGGGAAUUCUCGAGGAGACACUUCAAGCAGAAGACGACGUUGUUCGAUCAAUGAGUUUCAAGGUAAGGAAACGAAAAUACUAAGUAUGCCUGAGUUGGAACUUGUAAUCAAGUUUCUUGGCCCUUCACAUCAUCUUUGGGAGAAUUUUAUUCAAAAAGCAAUGGAAAAUAUCUGUAGUUUCAGUUUGUGCGUUUCCUUUUCACAAUGAGUGCUGCUAUUGUGAUAACUCUAUGGCCAUUUAGCCUUUAUCCAUAACCAUCUGAUUGCUGUUGUUUGAUCAGCCA